UGGUGUAUUAGGCUCGUUAAGUGAUUUGUAUAUUUCUAGCAAUGCCCAGCAGCAAACCCAGCGAUUUUGGUGAUACGGCGAAUACUGUGCAGCUUGUAGCGGCUCAGCGCGGUCGAAAAGUGUAUCGCGUCCGCGGUCAGUACUUUGACAUUGAAGACACUUAUACAAUCACUUCUGUUAUUGGGCAUGGAGCCUAUGGUGUAGUCUGCGCUGCGUUGGAUGAUCGGACCUUUCAAGAAGUCGCUAUUAAACACGUCAGUCAUGUAUUUGAAGAUUUGGUAGACGGCCGACGCAUUUGGCGCGAGGUGUUACUUCUCCGUCUUUUAAAUGAAAGGGGCUGUCGCAAUAUUUUAAAGUUAAUUCGUGUUUUGCCAUCGAAAGGCAACGAUAUGGAGUUUAAUGAUUUGUACAUAAUCACUGAUCUUUAUGACAUUGAUUUUCAUUCAAUUAUUAGGCAGCGCAAGCCGAUAUCACUCGAUGUGUUGCGUAAAGUGACCGUGCAUGUUUUGCGUUGCUUAGCGGAUAUGCACUCUAUGGGUGUGGUUCAUCGUGAUAUUAAACCUAGCAACAUUCUGUUGAAGAUGGAUAAGGAUCUUGAGAACGCCGUUGUGUGUGACUUUGGUCUCGCAAGAGGAGGCCUACACCAGCUCAAGGAGCCGAUUCACUUGACUGACUACGUCGUAACGCGGUGGUAUCGGGCACCGGAGGUGCUGCUCAUGGCUCAUUACGGCUUCCCAGUCGAUGUUUGGGCGCUGGGCUGCGUUAUGGCGGAGUAUGUCAUGCAGCGCCCGCUCUUCGAUGGUCGUGAUUAUAUUCAUCAGAUGCAGCUCGUUCUUUCGACUGUUCCAAUCACUGGAACCGACUUUAUCAAGCACGAUUCUGAUACCACAAUCGCGCACCUCCUAGAAGUAGCGAAAAGAUAUGGGAACACUCGCCCACUAGACAGGCUAUUGGUGUCUAUUCCGAAGGAUGGACUCAAUCUUAUCACAAAAAUGCUUGCCUUCGAACCCCAAAAGCGCAUAACUGCACAGGAGGCGUUGAAGCAUUCCUUUUUAGAAUCUGUAGAAGGCUCAGACUGUGAGAAGCUCCCUUCACCCCCUGAGGUAGACCUUGACUUUGACAUGCACACGGAUAUAUCAGAGUUUAGGCUUCGCUAUGCGUUAUGUAGGGAAAUUCAAUACUAUGAGUAA